AUGACUGCGGUCCAGAUCACUCGCAGCUUGGAGGCGUACCUCAUGUGGCUACUCGGGAAGACGAUGUUCAUGGACAAUCACGGGAACACGAUUAGUGCGCGAUACAUCCCUAUAGCUCAGGAGAUAGCAGAGGCCCCAGAAGCAGAGCACAUCACACAGAGGAGCUGGGGUUCUGCGGUCUUAGCCGCUACGUACCGAGGUAUGUGUAAGGGUUGCCAGCUCAUUUUGCAGGGUUCUGGCAUCGUUGGUUGCCCACUUCUGUUGCAGCUCUGGUCAUGGGCGAGGUUUCCCAUCGACCAUCCUGAGAUUAGUGGUGGGUCUUGGCCGACAGACGAGUUGUACGACGCGGAUCGCAUCGACAUGCCAACGUUUGGUUCUCUAUGGACAUGGCGGAAGAGAUGUUUUGGGCAUAAUCAGCUAAGGAAUUGCUACCCAGCAUUCACAGAGCAGUUUGACCUACUACUAGAGAGCGAUGUCAAUAGGGAGCCAUAUAGUGAGGACCACCACGACGAGGCAUACCCAGGUGGUAUAUCGAACAUGUGUACCAGAGAUUGGGCCUACUGUAUGACGAAGGCGAAGAUCAUCUUCGAUAUCUUCAUGGAGGACAUGUCGCAACAGAGGGUCAUGAGACAGUUUGGACAACGUCAGUUGAUCGAGCCACCACCUCCCACAGUUCCUCUACCACCACGCGUCCACGCGUACAACAGAAAAGGAGCAAACAAGAUUGCUGCUCAUAGGUACAGCUCCUGGCUCCAUACAUCACGGUCCGAGUUGACGACGGAGCUGCAAGAUGACGCCGCCCAGUAUGCGAGCUCGCUCUCCUCCGGGCCACUUCUUGGACGGUGUGAGCACCACGCCACCUUCGCACGGCGUCUUGAGGACAAACUACGUCGUAUCUACGCGACUCUCACAUGCACCCGAUCUUCGGAUGUUGUCGAGUACCAAGCAGCACAUCGGCUACUUCGUCCCUCUUUGCAGGUGCAUCAGCUGCGGCACGGCACGCGCCCACGUAUGGAGGUACCGCCGAGCCCGAGGCCACCAUCUCCUAACCAGGCAGGAGGUUCUGGUUGGCAAAACCACCAGCAGCAGGAGCAUACUUACGAGUACUAG